UGAGUAGAAAAAUGAAGGCAAUUUGCAUAAGAAUGCACUUUGCAAAAAGGCUAAAGGGUAUUAAAUUAGCAAAAUAAAAAUGCCGGAAAAAUGAUAUUUUUUUGCAGGACAGACUUCGGCCUGGACGAAUGUUGCUUGUGGAUUUGAAAGAAAAAUGUAUUGUAGAGGAUGAGCAACUUAAGAUGCAAAUUGCGCAUUCGAGAAAUCAUAAAAAAUUGACAAUUAAUCGAAUUUAUUUGGAUCAAAUUAGGAAAGAUGACGUGCUUAACCACGGAGCUGUAACUAAUGAGUAUUUGAUUAAAAGAGAAUUAAAACAAUUGAAAUUAAUUGGCAAAAGACCAGGUGGUGAUGGAAAAGAUCAUGGCAGAUUACGUGACAUUCAUUUGGACUCUGAUAGACGACUUCCUCUAUUUUCAUAUACGCCUGACACUUUUUCUUUGUUAGAAUUUUGCCAUUUUUCUAUUAUAAAUUUAUUUUAUUCAAGAAUUCUUGUACCAAUGAUCGUUGACAAGAAAGAGGCCCUUGGAUCAAUGGGAAACGAUGCUGCAUUAGCCUGCCUUUCUGAUUAUAGUCCAUUGCUUUAUUCUUAUUUCCAACAGCUUUUUGCUCAAGUUACAAAUCCCCCAAUUGAUCCUUUUCGUGAACAGAUUGUAAUGUCUCUUCGUUGUCCAGUAGGGCCGGAAACGAAUCUUCUAGAACCAGAAUUUGAACUGGAAAGCCGAAUUCUUUUGGAUCAGCCAGUUCUUUCACUUGUGCUAAAACGAAUUAGCUUCAAGGGAUGGCGUUCAUAUGUAAUUAAUAUUGUUUAUCCAGCAAGGCAUGGGCAGAGAGGUUUGGUGCCAGCUUUAGACAGAAUAUGCAGCGAAGCCUGUUCCGCGGCGCUCGACGGUUAUCAAAUUUUAAUUCUUUCUGAUAGACAAGUUGACAAGGAUUACGUCCCAAUUAGUGCGCUUCUUGCACUUGGGGCAAUCCAUCAAUGUUUAAUAAAACAACGACUUCGUAUGAAAGUUGCAUUAAUUAUCGAGUCUGGUGAAGUAAAACAAGUUCAUGGUGCGUUUAAUAAGUACUUCUCUAAUAAGUACUUCUCUUAUGAAUCAUUUAAAUUUUAUUUAGAUUUUUGUGUUCUUCUUGGAUAUGGUGCUGAUGCAAUUUGCCCUUAUAUGGUAUACGAGACUUGUUAUCGACUUAGAACAAUGGGACUUUUGGAUAAAAAUCUGACAGACGAUGAUGUUGUACAAGGGUAUAAAGCAGGGAUUGAACGAGGAAUUUAUAAAGUGAUGGCAAAAAUGGGAAUUAGUACUUUACACUCUUACAAGGGUGCACAAAUUUUUGAAAUUGUUGGGCUGGGCCGAGAGGUAGUUGACAAGUGCUUUACUAAUUCAGUGUCUCGGCUUGGCGGUGCUGAUUUUGAAACUUUAGCAAUGGAGGCAAUUCGAAGACAUCGGAUUGCCUAUCCAAAUGUUCCAAAUAGUGAUUUAUAUCUUUAUGGUGAUAGCAAGGUUUUAGUAAGUCCUGGGAUUUAUCAUUGGCGCGAUGGUGGAGAAAAACAUGUCAAUGAGCCGGCUGCUGCUCGUUUAAACGAUGCUAAGAGUUAUCAAGAUUUUGCAAUAGCUUCAAAUCUUGCUCAGCGUCUUUGCAGCCUUCGUGGUCAAUUGGAAAUUAAAACAAACGCUAAACUUCAAAUUCCAUUGGAUCAAGUUGAACCGGCAUCAGAAAUUGUGAAAAGAUUCGUCACUGGAGCAAUGUCUUUCGGGUCUAUAAGUAUGGAAGCUCAUACAUCAUUAGCGAUUGCUAUGAAUAAUAUCGGUGCAAAAUCCAACACAGGAGAAGGUGGUGAGAGACCCGAACGUUAUCGGAAGGAUCAACCUAAAGACAAUAAUAUUAGGUCAGCAAUCAAACAAGUUGCGUCGGCUCGCUUUGGUGUUAACAGUUCGUAUCUGGCAAAUGCCGAUGAGUUACAAAUCAAAAUGGCGCAGGGAGCAAAGCCGGGCGAAGGAGGUUUUUCCUUUUACCAUCUAAUUGUUUUUUUCCAAAUUUCAGGUGAACUUCCUGGUUACAAAGUAACGAGAGAAAUUGCUGCUACAAGAAAAUCGACUCCUGGAGUUGGACUCAUCUCUCCUCCUCCUCAUCAUGACAUUUACAGUAUUGAAGAUCUUGCACAAUUAAUUUAUGAUUUAAAAUGUGCAAAUCCCAGAGCUCGAGUUAGUGUCAAAUUGGUUUCAGAGGCAGGUGUUGGUAUUGUUUCUGCAGGUGUGGCUAAAGGAGGUGCAGAUCAUGUUACUAUUUCUGGACAUGAUGGUGGUACUGGGGCAAGCAGUUGGACUGGAAUAAAGCAUGCUGGUCUUCCUUGGGAACUUGGUGUUUCUGAAACUCAUCAAGUUCUGACGAUGAAUGAUUUACGCUCCCGCAUUGUACUUCAAGCUGAUGGUCAAAUAAGAACUGGCCGUGAUGUGAUGGUUGCAGCUUUGUUAGGUGCAGAUGAAUACGGCAUGUCUACAGCACCUUUAAUCGUUCUUGGGUGUACAAUGAUGCGAAAAUGCCAUUUAAAUACAUGUCCAGUUGGAAUAGCCACUCAGGAUCCCGUUCUACGAGCAAAAUUUGAUGGAAAGCCAGAGCAUGUCGUUAAUUAUAUGUUUAUGGUAGCCGAAGAUGUUCGUUAUUUUCUUUCGAAAUUGGGAUUGCGAAAAAUGAGUGAAGCUAUUGGUAGAGUAGAUUUACUUUAUGCGAAUCCACAUCCAAUGAACAACAAAGCAACUCUUCUAGAGUUUGCUCAAAUUUUGCAUAAAGUUUCCUUGCAAUUCCCUCAGAUAAAUAUAAAAGGUGGAUCGACAAAACAGUUGCAUGAAUGUAACGAUUUGGAAACUGAUAUAAUAGAAAAGGAACAAUUAAUUGAAUUCCUUGAUAACCCUUCAAAAGUUAAACACAUCAAAGAAAGAAUAAUAGGCAAUACAAACCGUUGUUUUGGUGCUCGACUUAGCUACGAAAUUUCUAUUCGUUAUGGAGAAGAAGGGCUGCCUGAUGGUCAUUCUUUGGAAAUAAAUUUAAAAGGAUCUGCUGGGCAAAGUUUUUGUGCUUUUUUGGCAAAAGGAGUUACUGUCAGAUUGGAAGGCGAGGCGAAUGAUUAUGUUGGAAAGUGCCUUUCUGGAGGUGAAAUAAUAAUUCGGCCAUACAAAAAUUCUACUUAUGCUUCUGAAGAAAAUACAAUAAUUGGAAACGUGGCUCUUUAUGGCUCAACAUCUGGGACAGCAUUCUUCCGAGGAAUUGCUGGGGAACGUUUUGCAGUUCGUAAUUCUGGUGCUACUUCUGUCAUUGAGGGUGUGGGUGAUCAUGGUUGUGAAUACAUGACUGGUGGCCGUGUUAUUAUUCUUAAUGGAAUUGGGAAGAACUUUGCUGCUGCAAUGAGUGGUGGAUUGGCAUUUGUCUACAAUAGGUGA